UCGCUGCGCGGCUAACUUCGGCAUGCGCGUCGUGCUUAAAGAGCAAAUGUAAAAGAAAAAGCAAAAACUCUUCGUGUCGUAUCUUCCGGUUACUUACUUCACUUACUAAACCCAAGACCAUAUGAGGAAAAUUUCUGUUUUUCAUCUAUACUGUGUGCGCAUAUGUUUUGAAACCAAUUGAUGAUUGAAACUAAUUGUGAUUGUGAAUCGUAAAUUGUGAAUUGUGCGAUGAAUUUAUAAUCUCAUCAUAUGCUAUCAAGCAUCUCAAUAAAUACUUAUAUAAACCCAACACUUUGGCAAUUUGCCCACUUACUUCGCUGCUGAAGCUGAAUGGAAAAGCAUAUAUAAUCUAUUUAAGCGCUACGUGACAAUAUAUAAACAUGUUAAUUCUAAAAUAUGACAAAAUGCAGCAUCAGCUAUGGCUUCUACUUCUACUAUUCUUAACCCUACAAAGCCCCCGGAGCACGCGGGCUCUACUGAAUGGCUAUCAGGCGCAUCCGAACUUUGAGCUACUGGAAAUUGAUUCGCGUUACAUAUCAUAUCAAGAUUUGAUGUCAACAGCCAAACGAUUUUACGAUCCCGAUACGACGUGGUAUUCAGAAUUGUUAUACGAUGUGGCCAGAAAGCAAGUUAUUGUCGGUGCCAGAGACACCUUGUACCGCAUGUCUUUGGAGCUGGAGCUGCUGGAGCGGGCCAGCUGGGAGGCAACGCCUGGGAACGUGCUGCUGUGCCAGCAGAAAGGCCAAUCGGAUCGCUGGUGUCGCAACUAUGUGCGCGUGCUCCACAGCUACGGUGAGAACCAACUGUACGCGUGUGGGACGAACGCCUUCCAGCCGAGCUGCUCGAGGCGCCAGAUGGAAAAUCUGAACGUUACCCAGCUGGACGAUGGCGUGGUCAAGUGCCCCUUUCAUCCGCAGGCGAACAGCACCAGCCUCCUGUCCAAUGGCAACAUGUUUGCGGGCACUGCCACAGACUUCUCCAGCAGCGACGUGGCCAUCAUUCGCACACCCAUCCAGUCCAAUAAGAUGGAUCGCAAACGUUUCCUGCGCACUAAGCAGUACAACACCAAUUGGCUAAAUGGAGCUCAGUUUGUGGGCAGCUUUGAGGCGGGCAACUUUGUCUACUUUCUGCUCCGCGAGUCCGCGUCAGAGCACAUGAGCUGUGGCAAGGUCAUCUAUUCACGCAUUGCGCGCGUCUGCAAGAACGACGCUGGCGGGGAUCAGGUGCUGCGUGACAAUUGGACCUCGUUCCUGAAGGCGCGCCUGAACUGCUCUCUGCCAGGCGACUAUCCCUACUACUUUGAUGAGAUACAGGGCAUGACAUAUGCGGAAUCGGAGCAGAUGCUCUAUGCCACCUUCAGCACACCGGGGGCGAGCAUCUUUGGCUCUGCCGUCUGCGCCUACAACUUGAGCUCGAUCAAUGCAGCGUUCGAGGGCGCCUUCAGGCACCAGGAGCACGCGGAUGCACCCUGGAAGACGGUAAACACGCCGCAGCGAAGUCAGUUCCAGUGUGCUAGUGGAGCCACUGCCUUUGGCCACCUGCUGGAGAGUUCGCGAUACCAACUGAUGGAUCAGGCCAUACAGCCGAUAGGGGCUCAGCCGCUGUAUCACUCCCGGCUGGAGCACUUCAAGCACAUUGCCCUGGACAUCGUGCAGACCAGAACGGAGCAGCUGCAUGUGCUCUACGUCAGCAGCAGUGGCAAUCACAUCAAGAAGCUGUCGGUGAAGUAUGGAGCGCAGGGCAAGACGCAAACCUGCCUGGUGGAGAUGUGGCAGGCGGACGACACGGGCAGCAGCACCCUGUUGCACAUGUCCUAUCUGAAGGUGACGGAGUCCCUGUACCUGGGCACGGAUCUGGCUCUGACGCGCAUUCCCGCCCAGCGCUGCAGUCGCCAUGUCUCGCAGACCAGUUGCCUCAAUGCCAUGGAUCCGUAUUGUGGCUGGAAUGAGCUCGUGGAACGCUGCACACCACUCGAUCCCACGCUGCAGCAGCCCUGGCUGCAGCCAACCGAAAUCACCUGUCCUGUGCUCAAUGCGCCCAUCGAUGGCGGCUGGUCCACCUGGUCGCCGUGGGCGGAGUGCCAGCAGCAUGACCAGCCCGAUAGCAACUGCAUGUGUCGACAGCGCAACUGCAACAAUCCGCAGCCCCAGCAUGGAGGUGCAGCUUGCGAGGGCAUCAGCACCCAGGUGACCAACUGCACCCAGCACGGCGGCUGGACGGAUUGGUCGGCCUGGUCGCCCUGCUCGCAGACCUGUGGCGUGGCCGUCAAGGGACGCCGUCGUAGCUGCAGCAAUCCAAAGCCCGCGCACGGUGGACGCAUGUGCCUGGGACCCGAGCUGGCGGAGAUGUACUGCACCCACUUGCCGCCCUGCCCCGUGGCCAAGCCGACGCCCAUUGACGGCGGCUGGGGACCCUGGGGCGAGUGGAGCGAGUGCAGUGCGCAGUGUGGAGGCGGCUUCCGAAUGCGCCGUCGCGAAUGCGAUGAUCCCAAGCCGUCGAAUGGAGGCAUGGCCUGCCCCGGCUGCUGGCUGGACUACGAGGACUGCAACAUGCAGAGCUGCGCCGAGGUGCGCAAGCUUAGCGCCUGGACGCCCUGGCUGACGGCAGCCGGUGGCAACUCGUCGGAGGCGCAUGUGGAGAAGCGCUAUCGCUAUGCUUGCCGAGCGACCAGUGCGGACUCGAGCUCGGUGCGUAUCAGCUUGGCCAAGGAGGAGACACGCAACUGCAACCAGGACGGCAGCUGUCAGCGGCACAGCGAGCACGAGACCGCGGACUCCGAAUCCGAGUGGUCUCCGUGCAGCGUUAGCUGCGGCGGCGGCACACAGCAGCGUCGACGUGGACACAACACGCAGAGUCGCGCCUGCAAUAUGCACGCGUGCCCGACGGACGAGCAGCCGGACAACAGCAUUGACACACAGCUGGAGCACGAGUGGAGCUGCUGGUCGGAGUGGUCCAGCUGCUCAGUGACCUGUGGUCUGGGCGUGCGCCGACGCACACGCAAAUGCCUGGGCGGCCACGAGCGACUCUGUGCGGGACGCGCGCUCGAGGAGCAGAAGUGCGAGAUGGCGCCAUGUGAAGACUUUCUCGGCUGGAGCUCCUGGAACGAGUGGUCAGCCUGCUCCAAUGAUGGCAUACGCCUGCGCCAUCGCCGCUGCCUAGUGGAGCAGCCGGGACCGCAUGAGUGCCGCGGCGCUGAGUUCGAGAAAACCGCCUGCGUGCCUGGCGACUGUGAAGAGCUCCAAAGUGCUUCCAGCGCCACAGUGCCCAUUGUGAUCUGCWGCUGCAUGCUGCUGACUGUCGCCUGCUGCUUGGUCACAUUCCAUUUCACGAAACGCCGCUAUCUGCAAAACAUCGAGGAGACGCUCAACAAGACGACCACGACCACAGCGAGCUUCGACACAUAUCCCAAUCAGUAUUCCAGUCUGCCCACCAAGGAUUACUAUGACCAACGACCGAAGCGCCAGUCCAGCUUCCGCAUGCCCGUCAAGACGAGUAAUCUGCCAACGAGCACCUUGAAUCGCAACAACAUGCACCACAACAACACGCCCAAGGUGCUGGCCAAGACCUACAACGACUGCGAGACGGGCACGCUGAAGCGGCAGUCGGCGCUCAACAAUUGCCGCACCAACAUGGAUGACGAGAAGUUUUAGCCAGAUGACAUAUCCAUAUGACAACCGAAACAAGUGCCAUCCGAAUGGAAAUGAAAUGUUGAGCCCAACAACGAAAGCAUUUUGCACGGCCAGCCUGCAAAAAGUUCCUUUUCUGACUCAUAUUGAGUCGCUGCAUUU